AUGUCACGUGAACAAUCAGCGACAGAUACAAAAGAAUUUCGUUCAUUUGUGAAUGAUUUGCCAAGAUCGGGUGCACCACGUACAACAACAACAACAACACUUGAAAAUAUUCAAGCUAUGAAAAACAAUCUUCGAAUAGCCAAAAACGCAUCCAUCAGAAGUGUUAAUACAAAACUUCAACAACAAGGUUUUAAAACAUCGAAAGGUUCAAUUUGGCGAACUAAACAAUCAUUAAAAUUAAAAUGGUGGAAAAGAGAAAUAGUACAAAAAUUAACAACCGAUCAAAAACUUCCAUGUGUUAUCAUUGCAAAACGAUUACGAAAAAAAAAUGGUUUUAAGAAAGGAAACAAGCUUUAUGACUGGGCUUAUGUUUUGAAUACAGACUUUAGUGGUAUAUUUACUUUAAGUCUUCAAUCCAAUUAA